AUGAAAAAACGAGUGAUUACUGAUAGAAAAAUUUCAAUUGUGCCCACUGUGCCUGAGUCACUUUCCUGUGAGACAUUUCUUCUCACUCAACCACUUCGAAACUCACCACGAACACGUUAUGUGUUAAGGAUUCCGAAACGAGUUCCAAUCGGCUCUUUACCAUCACCACCGACUAUACCACCGUCAGCUCCAAACGAAACGAUUCAUUGGAAUGUGCCCACACAGCUUGAAGUUCAUUGUAUACAUCAAGAUUGUUUUUGGAAAGGUAAUUCGGAGGAUGAGUUUAACUCUCAUCUACACAAAAGACAUCCACACGAUUUUGGGGUGAAAAAGACUUUACCUACAAAGCGAUCAUCUGGAGUUCGCUGUUCGGAAUGCGAUGCAAUCGUUUAUUCUCGUGCUCUUCUUUUAAAACAUAUGGGCACAGCGCAUGCCAUCGCUCUACCAUCCUUUUCUAGAGUCUUUCAAACCGAAGAAGAACUCUCGAGUUGGCUCGAGAAUGUACGUGAUGCUUUUUGUGUGGAUUUCGUCACAGGCUCUGGCCCGAAACAGUGGUCAAGUGGAGCGAAAAUCUCCUACUUGGUCUGUUCCCGAAGCGGUGACAUUAAAGAGCGACGGACGAAGAAAUUCUGUCGACCGACGCGAAUGACGAUAAAAUGUGGAAAAACGUGUACAGCUUAUUUAAAGAUGAGAAAGGGUGAGGGUGAAGAUGAGACAGCUCCGUUCGCUGUUGAAGGAUGUCUUUACCAUACAGGACACAAUAUCACUCCAGCUAGAAUCAGUCUAACCGCUGAAGAGAUCGAGGCGGUGUCGGCGGUUUUGGAGAAAUUCGGGGAAAACGCGGCCGAUUAUCCGAUUGAAGAGAUUCGCGAGUUACUUGGCCCAAAUGCUCCGCGUUUUCGUCUAAUCGAGGAUCAAGAGUUACUCGAGGCUUUACCCAAAUGGAUAUAUCUGGCAAAUGAAUGGAAAUAUAAGGGCGGUCGAACCGAAGCCGAUCAACUCGCGGACACGAUCGUUUUUGCGAUGGGCCCAAGUCGGAAUCCGAUGAAUGUG